UUCACCCAGGAGACCCGGGUUCGAUUCCCGGCAACGGAAAAUGAAUUUUUCAUUUUUCCCGGACUGAGUUACCUCAAACAACUACAGAAAAAGCCCUGCCAUCGCUUGCUGCUGUUCCCAGAUUCUGCCAGAUUGCCUUUUAACGCUUUUAAUUGCACAAUUAACUAUUAUCUGAGGAAAGCUUUCAAUGGAGAGCUCUGAUGAUGGAAAGAAUGGUCCUCUGGAUGCCAAGGAGCAUUCUCUAACAUCUGAUGGCAAAAAAUCCAUAGACGAAGUUCUUAAUGGUCCAAAUGGCCUUUGCUCGCAGAACUUGCACAUGGAUAGGCACAUGUUUUAUGUAUUGUGUGACAUGUUACAAGCCAGAGGCCUCUUAUGUCACACAAUUAGAAUAAAGAUUGAGGAGCAGGCAGUGAUUGAUCAUGUUUAUAGUUGGGCACAGGAUCUGUACUCGAGCAGUUCAAGAGCUAUUUGGAUACUCUGGCGAAACCAUUAGCUGCCAUUUCAACAAUGUUCUAAUGACAAUUAUGGCAAUUUCAUGGGAUGUUUUUCCACCUCCUAGGCCUGAUGUUCCACCAGAAUUUGUGAAGAUCCUCAAUUUAUCCUCAUUUUCAGUAGGAUUGGAUGAGCAAGUUCCUUUCUGGAACAAGAGUGGUUUUCUUUCACAAAAUGUACGGGCUGUAUGCUCCUUCAGUAUGAAAUUUCACUAUGUUCUAGCUGGUUGGGAAGGUUCAGCACCUGAUGUACAAAUUUUAGGUUCUGCUGUCACAAAAGAUCUGGAAAUGGUGCAAUAUAUGAAGACGUCAAAAUAGAGAUUUGUGGAGGCAACCUUGCUGAUGUUAAAUGUUGGGGUUUUUUCUUUGAGGGAGUGUUUUCUCCAACUGAUUGACUCUUGUUAAUGCUUGUUUCAAAUAUGAUAUUUCUAUUAUGCAUUAUGAUGAUCAUUGGAGGAGAAAGAUGGUGUUGUGAGCUUGUGCACUUUUAGGUGGAUUCUCUGCUAUCACGGGAUGCCUUGAGCUAUCGUGGUACACAAGUUUCUUUCUACAAGUUACUAUUGUUAAUAGUAGUAAUUUUGCAUUCACAACUGUUGUCUGUACACUUAGAUAAUGUCUGCUUAGAUGCGUUGGUUAUGAUUUGUUUUGCUAUUGUUCAAGACUUUGCUGUUCUUGCUUUUCCUUUAUUCAUUCGUCAUUUUGUCUGUUGCUACUGUCAAUGUGUUAAUUUGCAAGCUAGUAAUUACAAAAUUUGCUUACUGAAGAAGUUGUUCAAUUGUAUAUAUGACCUCAAUGUACUCAGCUACUAUAAGAAACUAAGGAAGGAAACAGCUAAUCUUCUUGGCCAGUAUGUAUUGGUAGCCCAUUAAUUUAAGACACGGUAUUGAGCAGGUAUGAAGGUGAAAACCCGAUAUUUCUCUUUGAUUGAGUGCACCUGGGACUUGAUAUUUAGUUGUUGAUGGAAACUAAGCGUUGUAAUCUUGAAUGAAAGGUACAUAACCAUCAAGUUUGAAGUAACUUGGGAUGUGUCUGCAGUCAAUAACAAUAGGUUGAUGGAGAGAUUUUGUAAUAACUGAAUUGUCUUGGCAAUUUUGGUUGUCUUCCUGUGCUGAAUUCUGAAUUAUCUUGCUGAACUUUAGCACAUUGCCCUCUUAUUGAAUCCAUCAAUUCUUCCCAAGUUGCUGUCCUAGGUGGAACCAUUAGGUCCUCUUCCAGUCUUGGAUAAGCUUAACUGCCUCAAAGUGUCAGCAGUGAGAGGUGCCAAGUGCGACAAGCCAUUGGUGAACUUGCUCAAAAGGGCACCAUAUCUGGAAUCUCUGAUCAUUUCUUAG